ACCAAAAGAUCCACACAAGCAAAAUCACAGUCUUUGAGAUUUCGCCGGAAAAAAACAUAGAAACAUGUCGGGAAAAAGCAAGAUUCUGGUGAUCGGAGGAACCGGUUACAUCGGAAAAUUCAUGGUGGAGGCGAGCGCAAAGGCCGGAAACCCUACGUUCGUCCUCGUCCGCCAGUCCUCGACUUCGGAUCCCGUCAAGGGAAAACUCGUGCAAACCUUCAAAGAUCUUGGUGUCAACAUACUACAUGGAGACAUAAAUGAUCAUGAGAGUUUAGUGAAUGCGAUAAAACAAGUAGAUGUGGUGAUUUCCGCGAUUGGUGGCACGCAAAUCAUGGAUCAGGCCAAGAUCAUUGCUGCUAUCAAAGAAGCCGGUAACGUCAAGAGAUUCUUGCCGUCGGAGUUCGGGACGGACGUGGACCGUACGAACGCGGUAGAGCCGGCGAAAUCGGCAUUUUCGGCGAAGGCGCAGAUCAGAAGAGCCGUAGAGGCAGAAGGAAUACCACACACAUACGUUGUGGCCAAUUGCUUCGCCGGUUAUUACCUUCCUACUUUGGUUCAGCCUCAACAAGCUGGCCUCUCUUCCCCUCCCAGAGACAAAGUCACCAUCUACGGUGAUGGUAAUGCCAAAGCUGUCAUCAACAAAGAGGAAGACGUUGCUGCCUACACCGUUAAAACCGUUGAUGACCCGACAACUCUAGACAAAAUCCUCUACGUUAACCCGCCUAAGAAUACCGUCUCGGUGAACGAUCUCGUCGCCUUAUGGGAGAGCAAGAUCGGUAAAACCCUCGAGAAGACUCACAUUCCAGAAGAAGAAUUCCUCAAGAGCAUCCAUGAAUCUCCAAUCUCCGUUAGCGUUGUUAUGUCUAUAAAUCACUCGGUCUUCGUGAAGGGCGAUCAAACUUCGUUUAGUAUCGACCCUUCUUUCGGGUUCGAGGCUUCCGAGCUUUACCCCGACGUCAAGUACACGAGCGUUGAAGAGUACCUCGGAAAAUUCGCUUGAAAAAUACACGAUACCACGAUAUAUAACGUUAUGGUUUCUUCCGUAUAUAUGGUGAAAGAGAGCGAGAAUGUACAAUGAGAAAAUAUGGAAUUACAAUGGUUAUGAAUGUAUGUAUAUUUUCCGUUUGGAUU